AUAUAUUCGUAAUAUUGUAUUAUUAAUAUUAUUAUGGUUGUUCUAUCUUUGCGGAUGAAAGUAUCACUAUGUGAUAAUAAUUUAUCUAUAAAAUAAACAAAAUAAUAAAAGCGUAAGAGCAUAAAAGAGUUACGAGAGUAAGACAGUGAGCCCAAGUUUACCGAAAAGUGGAACAAUCCGUCUUUAAUGAAAUAGUGUGGUUGUAAACAAUGUUAUUCAGCAGAAGCACAUCUGUAUUUCGACAGUGUUUACAACGGAAACUUUUUGCAACCGUUGAUACGUUCUAUCUUGUAGAAUUACAGAAAAAUUGUCGAAAAAAUAUAUAUGAAUACACUCAAACUCGUAAUUUUAGAAAUUUUGGUCAUACUAAAAGAAAAUCUCGCUUUAUCUCCUAUCUCCCAAUUGUACUUUGCUACAUUGGUAUGUUUAUAACUAUAACUUUUGAUUGGCAACGCAUGUUUAAUGUAAUACCUAAAGUAGAUGCUGCUAGUAUCUUGGACUCGGAAGAGACUCAGAAUAAUGAAAACGUGGAAAAUAUAGAACAGGAUGUACAAAAGAGGAAGAAGAACAAAAAACAGAAAAUUGGAUUUCGCGAUAGAAAGCAGAUAAUAGAAUAUGAAAAUCGUAUGAGGCAUUAUUCAACGCCAGACAAAGUAUUCCGUUACUUUGCAACUCUUCAAGUCACAAGCAAUGAUAUACACGAAGUAUUUAUGACGCCAGAUGACUUUUUAAGAUCGAUGACACCUGGUGUGAAACAGCCCGAUGGUCUUGGACUAGAUCAGUACAAACGUUACGAUCCAAAGAAUAUUCACACUAAAUUAGAAUUAGAAUUGGACGAAGAUAGCAUCUUCUACAAACUAGGCAGUGCAGGCCUUAUUACUUUUUCAGAUUAUAUCUUUUUAUUGACUGUAUUGUCAACUUCUAGACGUCACUUUGAAAUCGCCUUUAGAAUGUUUGAUUUCAAUGGAGAUGGUGAUGUCGAUUCCGAAGAGUUUGGAAAAGUAGCUACAUUAAUACGACAACAAACUAGUAUAGGUACUCGACAUCGUGAUCACGCGACUACAGGAAAUACAUUUAAGGGAGUAAAUUCUGCGCUAACAACAUAUUUUUUUGGACCACAAAUGAAUCAAAAAUUAACAAUCGAGAAAUUUUUGGAUUUUCAGCAGCAGCUGCAACGAGAAAUUUUAAGUCUUGAGUUCGAACGACGAAAUCCAGAUGAGCAUGGCAAUAUCACUGAGGUAGAUUUUACGGAAUUGUUGUUGGCUUAUGCUGGAUAUCCAGCGAAAAAGAAAGCAAAAAUGUUGAAGAGAGUGAAAAAGACCUUUAAAGAAGAUCCGAAAGGGAUCAGCAAAGAAGAAUAUCUCAAGUUUUUCCAUUUUUUAAACAACAUUAACGAUGUUGAUACAGCCCUGACAUUUUAUCAUAUAGCUGGCGCAUCUAUCGAUCAAGCGACAUUAAAACAUGUAGCAAAAACUGUAGCACAUGUUGAUCUAAGUGAUCAUAUCAUUCAAGUGGUAUAUACGAUUUUUGACGAAAACAUGGACGGACAACUUAGCAAUCGAGAAUUUGUCGCUGUGAUGAAGAACCGUGUACUGCGCGGUCUAGAAAAGCCAAAGGAUACUGGAUUUGUCAAGUUAAUUCAAUCCUUGAUGAAGUGUGCGAAAAACAGCAAUCUCCUGUCGUACGAUAAAUGAUCGAGUAUUUAAAUGCUACUUGGUCUUCUUUAGGUAUCUGU